ACAAACAGAAUUCCUAAACAUAGUAAAGCGAAAAACAUAGAACCAAAGUUGUGAGAUGGCAGAAGUGAAGUUGCUUGGUCUUUGGUAUAGCCGUUUUAGUCAUAGAGUUGAGUGGGCUCUAAAGAUUAAGGGAGUGAAAUAUGAAUAUAUAGAAGAAGAUCUACAAAAUAAGAGCUCUCAACUUCUUGAAUCCAAUCCUAUUCACAAAAAAAUCCCAGUGCUAAUUCACAAUGGCAAGGCCAUUUGUGAGUCAAUGGUAAUUGUUGAGUACAUUGAUGAGACCUUUGAAGGCCCUUCCAUCUUGCCUAAAGACCCUUAUGAACGAGCUAUAGCUCGUUUUUGGAUUAAGUUUUUUGAAGAUAAGGGGCAAGCAAUGGGGAAAACUUUCUUUCUCAAAGGAGAGGAUCAAGAGAAAGGUAAAGAGGAACUUUGUGAGAUGCUGAAAAUUCUUGAUAAUGAGCUCAAGGAUAAGAAAUUUUUUGUGGGCAACAAAUUUGGGUUUGCUGAUAUUGGUGCAAAUGUUUUGGGACUUUGGCUGGGAGUUUUUGAAGAAAUAACUGGAGUUGUUUUGGUGACAAGGGAAAAAUUCCCAAAUUUUUGUGCAUGGAGAGACGAAUAUAUUAAUUGCACCCAAAACAAGGAAUAUUUACCGCCAAGAGAUGAGUUGCUUGCCAAAUUCAAAAGUCUCUUCCAAGCUACUCAAUCUACAGCAGCUGCUGCAUCUGUUUCCAAAUGA